AUGGCCGCACAACGGAUUGAAGACUAUCUUAGAAUUAGCUCGCCACAUGGCCGCAGCGUCAUUCCGGCUAUCACGCCUGCUAAACCGCCCGCAGCCCGUCUACCAGACACUCCGCCCUUCAUACCACCACAAUCCCAGCAAUCGACAUUAGAGAUUGGAGUUAUCGUCUCAGAUAAUUAUUUUUUCCAGUCGAUCCAUUCAUUGGCUGGAGGAGUUGCUCGAGAAAGGAAAUCACCAUUUGCACAGCUGAAGGAUACCGAAGCAGCAGCCUUGAAUCGUUAUAUUCGCCUCAGAGAUAAAACCCCUGGGACACACCCGCUACAAGAAAGAAAGGACAAAUUGAAAGUCCAACUACGAGCUAGGAAGUCGAUUAAAUUUUUAUAG